UGGAAGGGAACUUAUAAAGAAGUGCGAAUAACGCGAAUAGCCCAAAUUGUUCAAAGAUACAACGAAAAUGAAAAUAUUGUGUCUCGUGUCCUUGCUAGUAUGCGCGUUUGCGCAGAGCGCCAAUGUAGACAAUGAAGCUCUUUCCGCAGUAGACAGCGUGGAGACUCGUCUUGAAGACACUCACUUGCAUGUGAACCUCUUAGCACCUGAUUAUGCUGAGACAGAAGAAGAUCAGCAGCUUUUAUCAGAGCUGGCAGCUGAAGAGAGGGAAAGCCGCAACAUCGUUACAGAUGCCAUCAAAGAUAUGGUGGAGGGCUUCAGGGAUGUUGUAAUCAAUGGAAACGAUGACCUCCCGCCUCUAGACCCCCUCGUGGUACCCGUCAUUGGACCUUUCGAAUAUAAGGCUCCUGCCACGGUCGCCGAGGUAACGGUCAACGACUUCAGGGCAGAAGGUCUCCGCUGGUAUGUGCUGGACAGCGUCACCUUCAACGCUAUCCGCCUGUCCUUUGGCGUGCACGUCACUAUCCCCUGGAUCACGGUCACUGGUAGCUACGAUGCCCGCGCUCGGCUUGGGCUUCUAAGCCACAGAGCUGGUGGAAACUUCAGGAUCUUUGCCCACCGUAUUGAGUUCGGUAUGGACAUGAGGCUGGGCACCAACCUCUUCGGUGGACAUCUGAUCUUGCGUGAACUAGACAUCAAAAUCGACAUCCAUGACACCCAUAUUCAAAUACACGGUAUGACUGGCUCCAACAUCAUUAACAGUUUCAUCAAUGGCCUAGUACAGAGCGUGUCACAGGAGUUGAUCCAGUCUGAGAUGGAGAACGUCAGCAAAAUGAUCAGCGAAGAACUGUUUGACGUUAUCAACGAAGUCCUCAAAGACUACACCAUCAACGACAUCUUAGGAUAAGGAAAAAAGGCACCGGAACAAAAAAACUAGAUACAAAGGUGGAAUUUCAAUACUCAACAUUUUAUAAUUUUUUUCCUAGGUAUACCUACUGACAAAAUAAUUAAAAAAAUGCGCCAUUUGAUAAAGUGGUGUUCAACA